AGGAGUCUGUGGUGUUUUCGAGUCCUGAAAGCUUGAAUAUUGGCAAACGGGCUUGAAAGCAGCGAUACCGUCGACACUAGCUCGGAGCCGCGGUUCUCGUAUUUCUGUUUUUCGGGCGCAGCUCUCGGUACCGAAGACAGCGUCGGCCCCGGCCUUCCCGGAGCUUGGCACCGAACAAUGCCUGGCAAAGCCGCGAUGGCAGUGGAGCUCCAACCCAGCGAUAACGCCGCUUCAGCGGCCCCGCAGAAGUCUUUCCCUUUUGUUUUAAAGAAGAUUAUGGACAUUCCCCCUCCUAACAUCCUGGAGGAAGGAGAAGACGAAUUAGAGAAGGAGAAGCUGUGUUCCUCUGAGGAUGUGGAUGGAGGAGCUGUGGCAGCCAGUGAUGGUGGCGGCUCCAGAGGAGGUGGUGGUAGUGGGGGCAGUGGAGGGGUAUCAGCCUCCCUGACCCCAGCCAUCUGGGAGAAGACCAUUCCGUAUGAUGGGGAGACCUUCCACUUAGAGUACAUGGACUUGGAUGAGUUCCUCCUGGAGAACGGUAUCCCUGUGAGCCUAGAGGAGGAGGAACUGCAGAAAACUCUGACAGUGGAAGGCAAAGCCAUUCCCAAGGUUGUUGCAACACCUACUACCGCCACUCCUGCUACUACUGCUACUACAACAGCUACUCCCGAUACUCCUGCCACUGCAGACUCAGCACCCCCACCCUCUGACUCCACGGCCACCUCAGAUCCAGAGGAGCCUGUGACAGUCACCACGUUACAACCAGCUAAGCUAGAAGAGGAAGACGAGGAAGGACAAGAAGAGGAAGCGCAAGAAGAGGAAUCUUUGCCUGAGGAGGCAGCAGCAGCAGAAGCAGAAGUGAAGAAAGCAGAUGGCAACACUGCAGAACGUAACACACCCUCCCCGAUCGACCCAGACGCCAUUGAGGUGGACAUCAAUUUCCAGCCGGAUCCCACGGACCUGGUCCUGUCCAGCGUGCCGGGAGGUGAACUGUUCAACCCUCGCAAGCACAAGUUCUCCCAAGAGGAGCUGAAACCACAGCCGAUGAUCAAGAAGGCCAAGAAAGUUUUUGUUCCCGACGAGCAGAAGGAUGAGAAGUACUGGUCCAGAAGAAAGAAGAACAAUCUGGCAGCGAAGCGUUCCCGCGAUGCCCGUCGACUUAAGGAGAACCAGAUCACCGUGCGCGCCUCCUUCCUGGAGCGUGAAAAUGCUGCACUGAGGCAGCAAGUGGCUGAGCUGCGGAAGGACUGCGGUCGCUGUAAGAACAUCCUGGCCCGAUAUGAAGCCAAGUACGGCCCACUGUAAAAAGAAAAAGGGGGGAAAAAAAGAAAGGAAAAAAGAAAACUCACAAUAAAACCCAUGACCUAUUAACGAGACAAAAGCAGAACUCCCUUCCCCGCAAAUUUCAACACAGACACAAACACCAAGGGAAUCUAAAUUUGCACUGUUGUCUUCGCUGACCUCCAGUCACUGUGUCCAGCUCCAGUUUCUUAACAUAAUGCUGGAGUUUUGGAUGCACACGGUCAGGCAGUGAGGCAUGAUGGGAGCAGUGGUCACAGGGAAGGCCUGUGGAGAGCGCCUGGCUCCUACACUCAGAGAGGAAGUGGACUGUUCGGGAUACUCCCAUGGUUCAGAAAAUAUGGUUUGUCUCAAGAAAAGUUUAAGAAAGUCACGGGACAUGAAACGAGCCGCCUGGUUCAAAAGAAUUGUACGCUUUCAAAUUUGAUACAGCAGUUUCCAUCAGAGUACAGCACAUCUUAGUGGACCAAAGCAUGAGUAGCAUCAGUCAGAAGCUGCGUAUUUAGAGUGGUGCACACACACGCCUUCUGUUCCUCGUGUUGCACUUAGGUAGGAGGCUCAGAAGAAGAAUAUUUGCUAACCUGUAGCAGUCUGAGAGGAGAGAUGAAUGUAAGAGCAGGAGUCAGGUUUAGGGUGGUACUUCAGUAGGGGGGGGUGGGGUCAUGAAUGGAGUCCUUCAUUGGUGUGGUCCAGUCAGAGUUCUUCCUUCACACAAGCACGGCUCUGCACACUGUUUAAACACAACUGUUAUGUAUAUAUAUAAUCAUCCCCCUGUACCAUUUUUAUAGUGUGUAAUCCAUUUUGCACUUUUUCAUAAAAAACAAAAAGGCGUGUGUUAAGAUUAAGCUGGUAUUAGUUACCUUAUAAACAAUCACAAAGGGAGCUGUUUUAAUGGUAGCAUACUAAUGAAAAUGCAGGAAAAGCCUGCAGUUUAAAGCUACUGUGAUUUAAUAUCUUUUUUCUACUACGAUCGGCUUCCAGAGCCUCAAAAAGCUUCACUGAAGGAACAGGUUGUUUUAUUAAUGGGGAAAGGGUAGUAGCAUCUCUCUGUGGGUUACUGUUGAAGGCACACUGUAGGGUUGGUCUUAAGGGCCCUCCAUUGAGGGGGGGGUAUGUUCUCUUGUACAGUACUGUGCAAAAGUCCUGAGUCACUCUUCGUUUCUUUAUAUAUUGCUAGGAUAAUGGGAGAUAGGUGUAGACAUUUAUUGAAAUGUGCAAACAUACAUGGAAAUAUAUAAUGUAAAGAAACAGAGUUUGUACAAUUUUAACAAGCUCCGAAGUUAAUAUUUGGUGUGACCACCU